AUGUACAUUUUCAUUGCAGCCUUGUUAUUGAACUCUGUUCUUCUCAGCACUUCUCUCUACCCAAAGCUGUUGACUGAUGUCUUAUGUGAAAAACAGAUCAUAUCCUAUCCAGCCUGUCUCUUUCAGUGGUUUGCAUAUUACUUUCUAACAGGUUCAGAAAUGCCCCUGUUGGCAGCCAUGGCCUAUGACAGGUAUGUGUCUAUAUGUAAACCUUUGCGAUAUCCAGCUAUCAUGAGAAAAUCAAACACCAGUAUAUUCCUGCUUUUAGCUUGGCUUCUGUCUGCUUGUUUGGUUACAGUGCCAGUUAGCCUGAGUGCUGAUGCUAAACUUUGUAACUUUACUUUUAAAGGAAUAAUUUGCAGCAGUGGGGUGAUCAAACUUCGAUGUGUGAGUUCAAGAGUAUUAUAUAUAUAUGGCUUUGUUGCUUUGGUAAACCUUCAUGUUUUACCAGUGCUUUUCAUACUUUUUACCUACACCAGGAUACUUAUAUUAUCCUAUCAAAGUUGUAGAGAAGUUAGGAGAAAAGCUGCACAGACUUGUUUACCUCACCUGCUGGUUCUAAUGAACUUCACCUGUUCCAUGGGAUUUGAUGUAAUUCUAGCUCGACUGGACAUAGAUUUUUCCCAAACUGUGCGUUUAAUAAUGACAUUACAAGUAAUUUUGUACAGUCCUCUCUUUAAUCCAAUCAUAUAUGGGCUAAAAAUGAAAGAAAUUUCUAAACACCUUAAGCGGUUGCUUUGUCCAGGUAAAGUCAGCUAAUGUACAAGCAAUAAGUGCACAGUCAUUGUUUA